AUGGCUAGAAAUGGGAACCUGAUGCCUGUGUUCUGUAUAGUCAUUUGGGGAUAUGACACACCACUUGGUCAAAUUAGCAUAAAGCUGCAGGGCAAUGAGCAUGAAGAAAUGCGGAGCUUGAAUAUUCAGACUCAGCAGCGGAGUAGAUCCAAUGGAUUGAGGGAUGCACAACAAGAUGCCUUGCGUGCGAAGGCAGAGAUCCAUCCUCAGGAAGUGUAUGUUCCAAGUAAGAUUAAUGACUUCAAAGCGCGGAAGCAAGAGAAAACAGGUGAUACAGUGGGAUGCAGAGAGCAGGUUGAUGUCAGCAACAUGGAGCAAUGGGUCCUAGGACAUCUCAAGGCAAGCCAUGCUAAGCAGAAUAUCGAGCGGAACUCGAAUGGAGUCCUGAUCUAUGAGGUGAUGCUGCAUCAGACGGAGAAGAUAGCGUAUUAUCCCGCGCGAGAUUUGUACGAUCCGGCGCGAGUUGCAAGCAGGAACCAGAGGGUUCGUUUUCAGGGGUGCGAGGCGGAAGAAGCGCAGGCAGGCCUGUGGGAGUCCCUAAGAGGGCCGCACUGGUGA